GUCGUCCAGCUUGGUAUGUACGACAAUGAGGCCUCUGCAGCCAGGCGAUGGGACAUGGAGGCACUGCGACUCAGGGGCGAACAGACUCCCCUCAACUUUCCACACCUCAAGCCCAUCUACAUGAAGCAGUUGUCACAACUCACACACUUUGGCAAGAAUGAUCCGGACCCAGAUGUGGUACUGUACGGGCCACCCCCAGAACUCAAUGAUGAGCUCCUUGCCCAGUACCAGGAUGAUCCAGAGUGCAGCAAGAAGAUGGCAAUGGACCCUGUGCCCUCACGUGACAGGCAUCCCCUCUCAAGGGGUAUGCCCCUUCACGCGCAGCUGCAGGCAUCAGACAUCGUCAUAGCCCCAAUUGUGACAUCGAUGAACAAUCGUGAUCCCCGCCAAUUCCAUGGCCAGCCUGGUGGAGGCAAUGUUGCUGAACAGAUGCACCACUCAAUGCCACCCAUGCCAUCGCCCACCUUCCACACAAUGGAAGGUGCACAUGCACCCAUUCCGAUACUUGGGGGUCAUCCACAUAUGAAUGGACAGAGUUCAGCGAUAGUGCCAAUGGACUCCGUCCACUCAGGGCUUCCAUCGGCAAAAGCCUUGUUGAAAUCGGGAAGUUCUGCAGUUUCCGAGACUCUGCACUUGGCUACAGACAAUGGUAGCUCACCGACAGCAGAGCCACAGGGUGUGAAGGUGGUUCCAGAGACAGUGCUGACACAUGUGAGGCGCAUGAUGGAGAGUGUUGUCAAGGCGGCAGAGAAAGACAUUCAGGGCGCCCAAGAGCGGUACGACAGAGCAAUGGACGUGUUGAUCAUUGGAGAGGCGAUGAAGCGAGAAGCCCAGAUAUGUGUGGAUGUGUCCCGCGUCCGGAAGGAAGCGGCGCAGAAACUCCUCAUGAAAUUUGGCACAGUGUUGGACCCCGCGGUGCCCAACAGCCAAGAGGGCCAGCAGGGCCAGCAGGUUCCGCAGAUCCAGCAGGUCCAGCAAGACCAACAGGGACAGGAGGUUCAGCAGGUGCAGCAAGGCCAGCAAGAACAGCAGGGUGAGUGA